GUCGUGAUAUGAAAAAAACAAGAUGUUUCUGUUAUGUUUUCUACAUCAAAUUGGAAGCCAAUAAAGCCACCCCACAUUUGUAUGACGUACCCAGAACAUUCGGCAUACGCGAGGUGGUCUAUUAGCUUCCUGUAUGAUAUCACCAAAAUAACGGGAACUUCCCGGUGCUAUUAUGACGUGUUUUGCACAAAUCCGUAGUUCGCGCUACACUGGAUUUUAUACGGUUGCUUGUUCUCGAACUCGAUCACUUGAACAAGUCGAAUCGAUGCGAAAUUGGGUUAGGCUCACGUGCGCUGGCCGACAAGAUGUGGACAAAAAUGUGCUUUGUCAAUAUUCGGUGCCGGACUUCAUGGCGAAGAACCGUAAAGACAUGGUAGUAGUAUUGCCGUCGAACUUCCACUCGGUGUCGCAAAUGGUGGCCAGCGUCGUAGUUCGACCGGAAUGCGCAGAAAACCAAUGCGAAGUGGCCGUUUACAAACCGCUGGCCAGGUGCGACUUGGAAUAUCGGUUGGCCUACGUCAGCCAGCACUACGAGAUGUUGGGCACCAGCGACGCCUUCGAGUUUUUCCACGGCCCCGGCGAGUCUUGCAAAUGUCAUGUGCCGGAAACCGCCUUGCCCCCUAUUUUGCGUUGUCCGCAAUCGGCACGGAUGAAUUCGUUUAUUUCCAUGCUAAUGGCGUUGCGUUCGGAUGCGCAUUGUUCACAGUGCAACGCGCCGUCUAAUUAUCCAGAAAUCAUGACCUACUUGAUGACCAACAUUGAGAGUCUGACGGAUGUCAAAAACAAAAUCGCCAACAAAUGUACUGGACAUACCGAAUAUUUGAAAAACGCUUUGAUGCUGACUGAUCAUUUAAAUUCCAAAACGACAGCACUAGACUACGAGAUUAAGAGAUGUGAACAGUUCAUGGACGAUUUAGUGGCUAAUUUGCAAAAUAAGAACAGCUGCUACGCGUUUAGAUCAGGACAAAAAGAAUACUUCAUCAAAAUGGCCGAUGAAAAAUUUGCCCUGGAAUUCUUCAUGAAUGAAAUCAUUAAAUCACAAGAACGAAUAAUCCGUAGUUUGUCAAACAAAUACCAGGAGAUAGAAGUCAUGUUGAAAAUAAGACAUUUGUUUAUGCCGAUAUAGCUGUUGUCCUGUCUGUACCAGCUACUACAAUUAUAUAUUUACAGUACUUACCAAAUAGCUCACUUUAUGCUAAUAAAUUGAUAUAUUAAAUAUCAAAAUAUAAAUAUAAAAUAAUAUUACAUAUUAAUAUAUUA